AUGACAACAUUUUAAGAGAGGUUUAAAGGUAAAACAACAGUGAUGGGUAGAAAUGGAUUAGAAUCAGUAUUGAAUUCAUGUCAAUAGCCCAUCAAAAAGGAAGUUGAUUGUAUGAUUAUCAAAUAAUCAAGAACAAAAUAAACCACCUCCUAUUUAUUAGACUCUUUAAUAAUAAUAAAAAAAUAUUUAAAUACCUUCAAUAAAAAUUUAAUACAAUAAAUAGACAAAUAACUAAACAUUAUAUUAAUAUAAUCCAUAUAUUGGAUAAUAAUAAAUACAAGAUUCACUUUAAUACUUAAGCUAAUAAUAAUAUUUUUAGCCAAUUACAAAUUAUCAAAUAGCAACAGAACCAUAAAAUAAAGAGGAUAAUCAAUCAAAAUCAGCCAAAUAAAAAAUAGAAUCAGCAGAUAAAUCAUAACGCUAUAAACCUUAUACUUUAAAAGAUUAUGAAAUUAUGAAGAAGACUGCUGAUGCAAAAUUAGGUGGUUUAGGUCCAAAUUUAAGUGGAGAUGAAUGGGUAAAAGAAAAAGAAAAAGUAUUAAAACGUUAAGAAUUUGCAGAAUAAGUAAGAUAAUUCAAUUCUACAAACAUUAUAACUACAAGAAUAAGUGAAACAAAGUAAUCUGAAACUAAUUCAAGGUAUAAUAAUAUAUAAUUUAGAAUAAAAGCAAUGGAUUUUGCUAGAAAUAUUCCAAAACCAUAAAUUAGGAAAAAAAAUGAAUAACAAAUUAAAAGUAUUCCAAAUAAACUUUCAGAUAAUAAUAUAAGUAGAGAUCCUUUUGAUGAUGAAAUUGGUCGUUUAGAAAGAGAACACUUAAAAUAUUUAAACUAAUUGGAUAAAAUGAAAUGA